AUGACGCGUGCGCAGUCUGGCUACAUUGAAUCGAAUUUUCAGCUGUGGGUAAUGGUUGUGAAUAGCAGCACAUUUGCAGUAGAGCAAACUCCUUUUCAGCGCUGAUAUGUGUCGCAGUUUCUGAGCCACCGGAUUUUCAGAGGCCGAGUUUCAUUCUCGAGCACACUGAACAGCAGCAGGCUUCUUCUGGAAAUCGAAUAUUUAGGACCAGCGUCUAUUCGCCAGACCUACUUACCUGCGGCAAAAUGGGUGACGAAAACACAGAAAGGUCGACGUCCGCCACACCACGCGGUUUAUCAGAAGUCAUUAACCACAUGUCCAUCCACAAGAUCGAAAGCUUGCUGUGGUUCACGCGUAUGUGUUCCGUGGUGUUCACGCUUCUGUACAUCAUUCCACUGCUCGAUGCCAACCCCUACACCUGCUACCAGCGGGCUUUGAUAAGCAGCGCUGCCACAAGUGCGCUGCGGUUACACCAGCGGAUGCCGAGCAUUCAACUCUCUAGAAUGUUCUUGAGCCAGCUGCUGAUUGAGGACAGCUGCCACUACCUUUUCUACUCACUCAUCUUCUUGUUUGCCCAGCCCAUGACAUUGGUGCUGCUGCCUGUGUUUCUCUUCUCUCUCCUCCACUCCGCGAGCUUUUCACUGACCUUGCUGGACAAGUUUGGUGGUCGUUCGGGUCUUCUUGGCACCUGGUUGGUGAACCUGCUGGACCACCAAGGCAGAAACAUCCUUCGACUUGUGGCAUUCACUGAAAUCUUUCUCAUGCCACUGACACUGUUCAGCGUUCUGUCUGGACGGAGCAGCUUGCUGACUCCAUUUGUUUACUACCGCUUUCUGAGCCUUCGUUAUUCCUCUCGUCGCAAUCCCUACACAAGGACCGUCUUUCACGAGCUGCGUCUGGUGACAGAGUACUACGCGUCAAGGCCAGGCUGCCCAAUGUUCCUGAGGAACCUGCUCUACAAGACAAUAAACGUGCUGUCCCAGCUGGCACCUCCGGUCCCCCAGUAGGAAGGCCCUGCUCUGCCAGUCUGGCUGAAGCCGCCACUGGACCACGAAACAAAAAGUUGUGCAGGGGGGGAGGGGGUCCCUUGAGGAAGGCCGUGCCCUGUGCAGCAAGCGGCAGAGAACUGUGUGUGUGCAGUCUGGGGGUUGGGGAGAUCAUGCAACUUUCAUGGGCCUCUUCCCACUGUCUCUUUAUUUGGUCUUCUGCACGCCGUAUUCUUCAGCAGAGCUGCAGGGAGAGAAUAAAAGAAUCGGCAGUGUCAACUUCCUGGACAUGCUCAUGCAUGCAGCUACGGUCGUGCAUGGUGGGUUGAGUUUGUUUUUUGUUUGAAAGUACAGGCGCCUCAUGUGUGUUUGUCAGAUGUUUUUCUUGUAUCUGUUUUGUUUGUUACAAGAUCUAGCUGUCGUAAUCCCGGUAGGUGCCAUUCCGGUAUGACCUGCUGCGUUUGUGAUGAAAAUUAAAGGGAGAGUUAAAUCAUGAAAGAAAAACAUUGAAUCGUUCCUCUGCCACCUUUUGAAUGAUGAAUGGUGUUGGUGAUAGAGGGCACUAGUGUGUCAAGACUAAUGGACGGAUGCAGCUAGUCGAGCACAUGCGUGAAGUCAUUGUAGGCUGCCGAAGUAACAUCUGUAAAUGAAACACCAGAGCAAGAGAUGCUGACUGCUGUUAUCUUGAAAGACCCAAGAACCAUGUGUUGAACAGCUUAAGAGACUAGCAUGUGAUGUGAUCGUUGACUUAACCAGAGCACUUUUGCCAAUAAACAUGAGACUGUGUGUAAAAAAAUUUUUGUUCUUUCUUCCUCUUCUCUACCUCAUAACAGAAGACUACACUGCUGCUCUUGGCUUUUCCUCAUGUCAAUGUACAGCCACUCAAUUCUUUAUGAAUACCACGUGACCAGCAACCAGACAGUGCUUUGUGGUGGGGUAGAGUAGUGAAAUGCGAGGAUAGACGCAUCUGCUUGAUGCGCUUGCAACUCGCAGUAUCGUCUGCUAGAGUGCUCCAUUCGUGGUGACAUGUCUGCCACACUGCUAGGCAAUGACACACUUUCUGGUUGGCACGUACACAAUUAUAAAGAAUUCAGUGCCUGUACAAUGAGUGGCAUUUUUAUUCUAAUUGUUUUUAAAAAUUUGUUAUACUUACUACUGCUUUGUUUGCACUUUGAUUCUACUGCAAGAUCACAUUGUUCUAGUCUUUCUCGUUCAAUAAAACACUUGCAUCAUUA